AUCCAUCUUUGCUGUGGGGACCAGUCUCUUGGAAGCACUGAAAUACCCCUGUCUGGACUACUGAGGAAAGGAAGUGUGGAGAUCGAUCAGCACCCUGUGGCAAUAGAAGGAGCUUUUGUCCUUGUUCCACCAAACAGAGCUAAACAGAAACUGCCACAGCUGCCUUUGGAUAUGGCUCCUACUGUUGGGGUAUCUGUAAUUCUGCAAAGGGAGAGGGUGAGUGCCCAGCCUUUGAUUCCCUUAAAUGCUGCAACUGAACCUAAACAGCCACAGGAGAAAGCUCUUUCACCUGUUAGUGGAAAAACAGAGGGCCAGCAACAGAGAUCCCAGAAUGUCCCAUCUCAGGCUGACCACUCUUCAACAGAAGACGAAGCAACAGAAAGUGAAGUGGAAAGUCUUAAGUCUGAUAAAGGCACGAAACUAAAGAAAACGGGGCUGGUGGCUGAGCCUUGCCAAGAGGUGAACAAACAGCAUACUGAAGAGCUUCCAGUUUUCAAAUCACAGAGCAGAGCAAAGUCACCUCUGUCAGAUCUGCAAAAUUCCACUGGUAAUGGUCCAGUAGCUGCAUCUCAGCCCAACCCUGUGGGUGCAUCUAGUUCUUCUGAGCCUGUGUCAGCGCAGAAAAUUGUCAUUCCAGCAGCCUCUCACCAUUUUUGCUUUUCAAUAGACUUGCGAAGUAUAUGUGGUCUAGAAGUUGGUUUUCCAAUAAAUUGCAUUUUAAGGUACUCGUAUCCAUUUUUCGGUAGUGCUGCACCUAUUAUGACAAGCCCACCUGUAGAAGUCAGAAAGAACAUGGAAGUCUUUCUUCCACAGUCCUACUGCGCAUUUGACUUUGCAACUGUACCUCAUCAGCUUCAAGAUACAUUCUUUAGAUUACCUCUGCUGGUUGAAUUGUGGCACAAGGAUAAAACAGCUAAAGACUUACUUCUAGGGGUGGCGAGACUUCAGCUUUCAAAUGUUUUUGCUUCGGAAAAAACCCGGUUCUUGGGUGGUAAAGGUGAACAAUGCUGGCGUCAGACUUGCAACGAAACAGUCAGUGUCACAGCAGCACAAGGGUCAGGCAACAGAAUAGCAGAACUUUCAUAUGCUAUCACUUUGGAAGACUACGGGCUUGUGAAAAUGCAAGAAGUUCUGGUGUCAGAUUCUUCUCAAUGUGUAGGUGCUGGUCAACAGCGGCAUGUCCCUCACACUCAGCCUCACUGUGCCCCAGAAAACCAUCCAGAACCUAGAGAAACUCUUGAAUACAAAGCAGCACUGGAGUUAGAAAUGUGGAAGGAAAUGCAAGAGGACAUUUUUGAAAAUCAGCUUAAAAAGAAGGAAGUGGCCCAUAUGCAAGCACUUGCAGAAGAAUGGAAGAAAAGAGAUAGAGAAAGAGAAGCAUUAGUGAAGAAAAAGGUAGCAGAAUAUACUGUUUUGGAAGAAAAACUUCAGAAAACCCUAAGAGAUCUGGAUAAGCGAGAACGACAGCUUUUUAGUGCUGAAUCAGAGCUUCAAAGAGUACAGAAAGAGUUGCAAGCAGAACAUGAACGAAACCUGCAGGAGCUACAGGAUUCUGUGCGGCGCGCCAGAGAAGAAUGUGCACACCAGGUUGAGCUAGAAAGGUCAAAAAUCAAACAGCUGGAUGAAGACAAGCUGCGCUUACAGCAGCAGCUUUAUGAAGCAGAAAAUAAGCAUAAAAUUUUGGAGAAGGAGUUCCAGCAAUACAAAGAACAGCAAAGUAGCAAACCAGAAAUCCAGCUGCAAUCAGAAAUAAAUCUUCUGACUUUAGAAAAGGUUGAACUUGAAAGAAAGUUAGAGUCAGCUACCAAGUCAAAGCUCCACUACAAACAGCAGUGGACAAGGGCUUUGAAAGAACUUGCCAGAUUAAAACAGCGUGAACAAGAAAAUGCAAUGGCUCACCUCAAAAAGCAGCAACAAGAGCUGGAACACAUGAGGUUGCGUUAUUUGGCAGCAGAAGAGAAAGAGCUGGGGAAAACAGACCGACAAGAGCUGGAGGAUAUCAGAAAUGAACUUAACAGGCUAAAGCACCAAGAAGAAGAGAGAAGGCAAUUGCAAGAUGUUAGAGAUAAUUCUGCUGGUAGAGUGGAUAGUCUUCAUUCCAGAAAAUUAAAUGAGAACACGGAUGAUUAUCUCUCUCGUCUGAUAGAAGAGAGGGAUACCCUGUUGCGAACAGGAGUAUAUAACCAUGAAGACCAUAUUGUAAGUGAACUUGAUCGUCAAAUCAGAGAAGCUAUUGCAAAAAGGAACAUCACUAAAUAA